AUGGCCCUGAACAAUACAGUAUAUGCACAAAAGGAGUUAUUAUUUUUUAAUCGUAUGGAAAAAGUGGGUAGUCAAUCAAUGAGUACGCUUCUUAUUGCAUUGUCACGAAUAAACAAUUUUACACCACAUCGUAAUGCGCCAGUAGCCACUAAAAAAAUAACCGAAACUUUGGCAGAAGAAAAAGCUUUAGCUGUGGAGCUUAGCUCCAUUGAUGAGGCUAGUUCCUAUGUAGAACACGCAAAUUGGAUUAACUUCACAGAACAUGAUUUAGCGAAACCUAUCUAUAUGAAUCUAGUGCGUCAUCCCAUAGAAAAAAUUUAUACAAUCAAACCAAUUCAACUUAAUAAUACUGUCAAAGCUGAACAGGAAGUACUUUUUUUCAAUCGUCUUGAAAAGGUUGGGUCUCAGUCAUUAUCACAACUGAUAAUUACUUUGUCAAUAUAUAAUAAAUUUAUACCACACCGUAAUGCACCUUACGCUAUAGCACCAAUCUUGCAAAGUCCUGAAGAACAAAAACUUGUUGCUGAAGAAAUUAGUGAACUUGGUGCUGGUGUUUCGUAUGUUGAACAUAUCAAUUGGAUUAAUUUUACAACUUUUAACUUACCAAAACCAAUUUAUAUAAAUCUUGCACGUCACCCUAUUGACAAAGUUGUUAGCGCUUAUUAUUAUAUACGACAUCCAGCAGUAUAUGGGUAUUAUGUUAAAAAUAAUAAUGCAACACUAAAAGAGAAAGAAUACUUUGAUAUAAGUUUCAAUGAUUGUGUCAAGCAAUCCAAAAUCAAAGAAUGCAUUUUUGAUUCAAAAAAUCCCUAUAAUGCUGAUUGGCGACGUUUCGCCAUGCAUUUCUGUGGUAAUGCUAAAAUUUGCAAGGAAUUUAAUUCACACACCGCAAUGCAAAUUGCCAAACGAAAUAUCGAACAGGAAUAUGCAGUUGUUGGAUCAUGGGAGGAUACUAAUAUAACAUUAACUGUUUUGGAACAUUAUAUACCGAGAUUUUUCCGUGGUGCUACUAAAUUGUUUUACAGUGAUGUGGAGAAAUUUCAUAAAAACGCAACACCACAUUCAAAUGAACUGGAUCCCGAAGUUGAAGCUAAAUUAAAAGUACAAUUUGCUUUUGAAAUAGAACUUUAUAAUUUUUAUCACCAUCGUAUUACAUUUACGAAUACAUCUACAUAA